GGAGAAACAACAUCGCUGUAGCAGCAUUUUCAAAACAUUGCAGUUUAAUUCAUUAAAAUCACUGCAAAGUCAUGCAAUUGACACUUAUUAACUUAUUUAAGAAUACUGUCCCAGGACAUAUAUUCAGAGGAAAGCGACGUCUAGUGAGAGAGAUCAAGUUUAGACAUAUUAAGAAGAAAUUGGAUGAUUUUCAGCAACAAGAAAGAAAUAUGAGUUUCUUAUUGAAUCCAUACUUAACAGCUGAACAAUCAGCAGGACAUGCAAAGGCGCUGAACAAAACUGCCGCAAAAAUAAAGUUUUGGUACGAUAAUCCAUUAAAGCAACCAAUGAAGCCACACGUAAAGAUUGAAGAUCGUCUAAAUCACCUGCGAGUUACUGAAAAAUGGGAAUAGAAUUAUUAUAUAAUAUAGUUUAGUAUAUUUAAAUAAAAGGAUUU